AAUCCUUAUUUACAUCUCGAUUUCUAUUAAGUGUUUGAUUCUUCUUUUACCAAUAGAAGAAUCAAAGCUUAAUUUAGUAGCCUUGUUGAAGCUGAUGAAAAAGAUGGACGUAACCACUGUAGGAUCGGAUAAAACUGGAUUAAGGAAGGGAGUGCAUCUUUCAUCUAACUUUGCUCAAAGGUGUGAAGGAAGUUGUUUGUUUGAGGAGGUGGAUUCCUUUGGUAAAUUGACAGAUGAUCUUCUUGUUUACAUUUUGUCUCUAAUGAAUUUGAAAGACGCAACAAGAACCAGUGUCUUAUCCCGUAGAUGGAGGAACUUGUGGACAUACACAACUAGAUUGUGCCUUGACAGUUCACUGUUAGUGGUGGACUCAAAGAAACGUGCAGGGAAAUCAACUAAAGUUCUAAGCAUUAGGUUCAUUGAUUGGAUGAAUAAGAUAUUAGAAUCACAUCAAGGUGGAAGAAUAGAUGAAUUCACCACACGCUUUGAAAUGGAUGACAGAAUUUCUGAACAUGAUAUUGAUGAUUGUGUCAAAUUUGCAUUGCAGAAGAGAGUUCAAAGGCUUCAUUUGGAUUUAGCAAGUUUACAAAUUUCUUCUGAUUAUGGAAACUACGUUCUUACGACACAGCUGCUUUUCAAUUACAAGCUUACUUCCUUAAAGUUCCUCCAUUUGAAUGAAGUGGAGGUGGCUGAUGAGGUUCUUGAGUAUAUUGUAUCCCACUGCCCCUCUCUAGAAGUUUUAAGUGUUACAACUUCAGAAUAUGUAGUGGAACUGAAGGUUCUAGGCUCAUCGCUCAACUUUAUAUUGGGGCUUGAUAAAUCACUGUUCGGGUUGGACACAUCAGACGACGAUUCACUAUACUCAUCAGAUUCGGAGUUGGAAGAAUUUAUGUGGCAAUUGGAUGAUUCACAGUUCGAGAUGGAUGCAUCUAUGGAUGAAUUGAUUGAAGCUAAAAGGUCUGGUUUCAUUAAUUGCGUGAACAAGGUCUUGGAGUCAUAUCAAGUUGCAAAUAUUGAUGAAUUUACUGUUUGCUUUGAUAUGGGUGGUGAAAGUUCUGCUUGUGAAAUUGAUGGUUGGAUUAAUUUUGCAUUUAAAAGAAGAGUUCAAAGGCUUCAUUUGGAUUUUCAGAGUUCAGACCAUGAAAGCUACAUUCUUACGAUGGAGUUUCUUUGCAACAACAACCUUUAUUCCUUAACAGUUCUCCAUUUAAAUGCAGUGAAAGUGACUGAUGAAGUUGUUGAGUAUAUUCUAUCCCAUUGCCCUUCUCUAGAAGUGUUAAGUGUUACAGCAUCACAUUCUCUAAAGCAUCUGAAAGUUUCAGGCCCCUCCCUCAAGUUAAGAUUUCCAGAGUUAAGGAAUCUCAAGCAGCUAGAACUGAAGUUGAAUGCAUUUUGUGAAGUCAACCUUGACUACUGUGCGAUGCUGCUAGCUGUGUCUCCUACGUUGCAUAGAUUGACAUUAAAGAUUUCUUGUAUACCAGAUAUGUUUGGCUCCAAAUCGACUUCUUAUUUGCGAAGAAGUACAAAGCAAACGUUGGAAAAGCAACAUCAAUGUUUGAAGGUGGUUGAAGUGUGUGGUUUUGUUGGAAAGCGUAAAUCUUUUUUUGGCCCUAAGGAUGGUGACCUUAAACUGGUGCAAGGUUUACUUAAAAUGGUUGCAUCACUUGAGAAGUUGGUGAUCAAACUGGAUGAGAGUUUGAAUCGCAAGGGUGAGUUAGCUGCUAAACGGCACAUAGAAAGUCUAAAAACCAGUUUGCCUUCUGGGUCUGAAUUGGUGAUAUUCUCUGGUGCAUCCAACUUUCCAGCAAAGUGAGGAUUUCUUUGUUGCUUCGUUUGACUACGCUUUUAUUCCAUUUUCUUUUAACACAAUUGGCUAUCACAUUUAUAUAAUAUGCUAAUUUAUAGUUAAAAUAUUAACUAUAUUCUUUACUGUAUUAUAUAAUUACCAAAACUAACAAGAAUAUAGAGUUAACAGCUUA